AUGGACCGGGGACGUCUCCGGGAGUUCGUGUCGGCGCACUGCGACGUGGGUGAUGCGCUAUUUGUGCCGCGCCGCGACUUCAGCAAGGCAUUCAAGGACUGGCGGGGAGGGAGAGCGGCUCCCAAGGGCCUCCCCGAGGCGAUGGAUGCAUUGGACUACAAGCAAUCCACGAAACCGUGGGGCCCGGACAGGAGGAACACGGGCGUGUACCUAGGCGUUCGUCUGCGCCAACAGCCGAUCGUCGAAGUCGAGCCCGCGGGUCCGGAAGACGCUGCGACCGAGCGACCCGCCGAGGAAGUUACCAUCGCCGUGGUCGACAAUGCGAGGGACGUGUUCCUCGAGAACCACCUCUUCGGAGAGGAUUUGAGCGGCUCUCGCAUCAGAAAGACCGCCGAUACGCCCCCGAAGAUCAGCAUCCUCGACCUGAUCGCCAUGGUGACUGGUACAGUCAAUCCCGCCAAAUCGUGGGCGGAUCUUUCGAGACGUUUUGCAGCAGAGGAUGUACGGGUUUUGUCGGGUUUCGCGAAGUUUGCGGGGCAGGGGCAGACCGACACUCCGGUCACGAACGCAGCAGGCGUGGUCAUUAUCAUCAACGCCCUCGGCGGCGCGAGGGCCGCAAAGUUUCGCCAGAAGUUCGCCGACACCCUCGUCCGCUACUUGGGCGGAGACGAGACCCUGAUCGCCGAGAUCCGCAGCAUACACGAGGCGCAGGAGCAGCUCCCGGACGGCCACCCGCUGAGGCUCUUCGGCCGAACCGUGGAGGCGGAGAGGGCGCCCGAGCGCGACGACGCGGACGAGGCGCAGUGCGCGCUCAAGCGCCAGAAGCUGCAGAACGAGUGGGACCAGGAGAUCCAGCGCGGGAAGCAGAUCAAGGCGGAGGGUGAAGCCGAAGCCGCGAGGCACGAGGCGGAGUUACGCACCAUCAAGCUGCAGGACUGCGAGCAGACCGUGGAGGCGAAGCACCGCAUCCUCGCCAUCCUCUCCGCCGGGACCGGCUCGGCGGCACCGCCCGCGCUGACCGGAAUGCUCAGCGCCGCACGCCACAACUUGGCCUCGCAGACCCUGGCGCAGCUGACCGUCCUUUCGGGGGACGUGGCAUCCGGAUCGCAGAGCGGCCCCCUCGCCAUCCAGGCAGCUCCGGCCCCCGUGGCUACGGCCAAGCGCGUCACCGUGCAAGAGAUUGGGCGCGACGUCCUGCGCCUCCGGUCCCGCGACAUGGCGAGCGCGCAACUCUCCAAGGUCGGCCACGCCGUAGCCGCGCGCUGGCUCAACACCCCCGGCAACGGGAGUCUGGACCAGAAGAGCCAGAACCAGUGGGAGCGCACCUACAAGGACGGCCCCGUCGUCAGGAGAGAGUCCGUCCGCGAGGUCACUCCGGACAUGCUGGCGACCCACCGCAUCAAGUUCUCGCAGGCGUACCUGGGGGCCAACGAAGUGGGCAUGGGGCAGGCGUUCGACGUAUGGACGUAUCCAGAAAAAGAGGCCCAGGAGAUGAUCGAGCGAGCUUUCGAGAGCGUCAGGGAUUCGGAGUAUUACCAGUCGAUGGAAACGACCCAGCAGGAAUGGGACAAACUCUUGACCGCCGCCAACGGUGGAAACGGCUUCGCCAUAGACCACAUCGUCGAAGGCCGGCUGAGGCACACGUUGCCCGCCUCUCUGAGGGAGGCGUACGAGGACCAGUGCUUCCUGAUGUGGUCCCGCGACGGUGAGUACGCGGACGACGUGAAGGCGGCCGCAGCCGCUCACGAGCCCACCGAGUCGGCCGCCUUUCGAGACGAAGACAUUUCCGUGCUCGACGUGCGCUUCGUGGAUGCUGCUUCCGCCUGCAGAUUCAUCGGGCUCGGCGUGGAAGGUGAAUACGACAUCAGCAUCUCGUUCCACCCGCGGAGCGCCAAGCCCAUCCGGGUACUGCUCCGAGAGGAGGAAGGCGUCGACGGGGACGGAGAGAAGUUCGAAAGAUCGAAGAUGUGGGAGGCGUCCGGCUUCAAGCUGGUCAGGGAGUGGACGUCUCGGUCGAGCAUAGCGUCCGUGCGCUCCAGGAAUUCACUCGACGGCCGCCCACCGACGAAGGCCCAUAACGACGCUUUCAAAGGCCGGACCGUCGUCUACGCCGUCAGGACGCUCCCCCAGAAGAUGCAGAACAAGUCGGGCAGAGGAGCCGAAGCGAGUCUGGAGGUGCGCUUCGGAGUGAGGGAACCCCUCCCGGAUGCCGAAGACUCUUCCCUCGUGGUGAGGGUCUCGACGUGCGGCCGUAUACUGACGCGUCCGGAGAAGGGUUGCUCCAGCAUCCGCGCGGCGUCCUCGGUGCGUAUCGCUAGCACCGCAGGCGCAUGCAGCCUGAUAGACUGCGACGCGGGCGGUCAACGAGAAGGCAGCGCAGUCUACUGUAACUGGCAAUUCGGCGGCCACGUGUUCGAAUGCGGGCGCACGGCGGUGACUCCGCUCGGGUCGCCUUCGGCGGAGCUGAGCUCCACAUCGUUCUGGCUCCUGGCCGCGAGGGUCAUCCGCACCAUGACGAUUGACUGGGACAACGAGCUCACGGACGCGAGCGAAGCAGAGGACAAGAGGGGGUUCAGAGCCAAAUUCUCGCGGAUCUUCUCCGACGACAGGUCCGCGCGCCCCGUGCUCUCUCACAAGCGCAUGGAUGUGUGUUUCAUGGGAGACUCGACAUUCAUCGACCGUCUGGAGAGGCAGGGCAUCCUCCGUCGGGUCCGGAAGAACAACGUGAGUUGGAACAAGACCCUGACGGACAACAUGAAGGUGCACAGGGCGAGCCUGGUCGCAUCCGCCCGGUUCUGA